AUGUCAGAUACUGUUCAAGAAAGUUAUCAAGUCUUCUGUCGUGCGUCUAGUCAUACAAUGACUGGUCAACGGCGCUCCAUCAAGAGAAACUCCACCAGAAAGUCAGAUGUUUUGCCAGAAGAGAGAACGUUCGUAAAUCCAUCAGCUUUGAGUCCUCAUCUCUCCUGUCCAAUAUGUCAAGAAAUUUUCUGGAAUCCCCAACGUGCUCCAUGUGGUCAUAGUUUUUGCAAGAGUUGUAUUGAGCCAUGGAUUCAAAAUACUCCCAACUGUCCAGUGGACCGUAAAGCGAUUCCAAAAGGAUCAAUGCAUCAUGAUUUUAUUGUGGAAAAUAUAAUAGGUGAUUAUGUAGUCGCAUGUCCUUGGCGUGCACUUGGAUGUGAUUUUAUUGGCCAGUUAUGCCUUUUAUCUGGUCAUAAGAAAACAUGUGUCAUGAAUCCAAGUACUAUGCCUCCAGCUCUUCGUGCUCAUACCACAGCUUCCUUAAACAAAGUUAACAGUAAUCAAUCUCUAGAUAUAAAAUCUUAUAAAAAUAAUCAACAGUCGUCAGUAAAAGUUAGUUUUGUGUUCCAGUCACAACUUCCCUCGAAUACAAUUACAACGGCAGAGAGAAUUAUUGAUGGUAAUCAAUGUUCGAAUAGUCAUAAUGUUGAGUCAAGAAAUGGCUCAAGUUCCUACAAUGAUGCUCAUGAAGAAAGUGUUAUACUUUUUAGUGAUGAUGAAGCUGAUUUACCGCCUGCUCCACCACCCAGUCUCUUGUUUCGACUAUACCAUAAUUCUGAUGCGGAUAGUCGUGAUUUAUUAUGUGAUUUUAUACAAAAUGGUUCAAAUAGUACAACUCAGUCCUCUAGUAUUAACAAUAAAAACAAGGAUGUUCCUAAUAAACGUGGACGUAAAAAAUAA